CGUUAAGUCCCACCCAGGACUUUGCGCACGCCUCUAUACACUGUUGGUCCAGCCAAGGGAUUCUUCUCAGUUCGCAAAUGGGUUGGAUUUGAUUGUGUUACCGACGGUCCUAUCCAUACCAGAUCGUAAAGCCAUGCUACCGUUUGCCAUCGUGUCUCUCCUUGUGACAGUAGCCCAGGGGUGUGGUAGACACAGCGGGGAUCCGGAUACCGCUGUGGAGUCCAGUUAUGGGUCUCUCUGGCCAUUGCCCCAAAAAGUGCGUUUCUCAUCGUUGUCAUUAAAAAUAAGAGGCUCGAGCUUCCAGAUCCAGGACGCGGACGAGUCCUCUGCUGGACCCAGCUGCAGCCUUCUCAAAAACGCUUACAGAAGGUAUUAUGAAUACAUGUUUCCCAACGAAAGAACGAAAGGGCACACGAAUGGCUUUGCAGAUCCAUCUGAACUAUCGCAAUUGCAUGUGUGGAUCACAUCCUCCGACUCCGAGUGUGAUGGCUACCCCGUUGUGACAUCCGACGAGUCAUAUGAGCUGUCCGUGAACCAGACAUAUGCUGUCCUGAAAGCACCAAAGGUGUGGGGUGCUCUUCGAGGUCUUGAAACGUUCAGCCAAUUGUUGUAUGAAGAUGAAUAUGGAGCCAAAAACAUCAACCUCACUGAGAUCAGUGACUUCCCAAGAUUUCAACACAGAGGGGUCUUAUUGGAUACCUCUCGUCACUUCUUGCCUAUUAAAGUCAUCUUGGCUAAUCUGGAAGCCAUGGCCAUGAACAAAUUCAACGUGUUCCACUGGCACAUCGUGGACGACCCGUCCUUCCCCUACCUCAGCAGAACCUUCCCCCAGCUCAGCCAGAUGGGCGCCUACCACCCGUACACCCACGUGUACACGCCCGCCGACGUUAAGAUGGUCAUCGAGUUUGCCCGGUUGAGGGGCAUCCGGGUUGUCCCAGAGUUUGACACGCCGGGACACACGCAGUCCUGGGGCAAAGGACAGAAGGACCUGCUGACGCCGUGUUACUCCGGCCCCAGUCCCUCUGGCACCUUCGGGCCGGUCAACCCCAUCCUGAACACCACGUACGACUUCAUGAACCUGCUCUUCAAGGAGAUCAGCGCGGUGUUCCCCGACCACUACGUUCACCUGGGAGGGGACGAGGUGGACUUCAAAUGUUGGAAGUCCAACCCUGAUAUUACCAAAUUCAUGGAGCAGCACAGCUUUGGAGAGGACUACUCUAAACUAGAAUCCUUCUACAUCCAAAAGCUCUUGGAUAUCGUCACUUCAACUCAAAAAGGCUACAUGAUAUGGCAGGAGGUGUUUGACAAUGGAGUAAAGCUGAAACCAGACACCCUCAUCCAUGUGUGGAAAGGAACCCAGCAGCAGUACCAGAACGAGAUGGCUAAAAUCACCUUGUCCGGGUACAAGACGUUUCUCUCCACCCCCUGGUACCUGAACCGCAUCUCCUACGGGCAGGACUGGACCAGCCUCUACAGAGCCGACCCGCACAACUUCACAGGGACUGAUGACCAGAAGAAGUUGGUGAUUGGUGGAGAGGCCUGUAUGUGGGGGGAGUAUGUGGAUUCAACCAAUCUGAUGCCAAGGAUGUGGCCUCGCGCCAGUGCUGUGGGGGAGCGCUUGUGGAGCGCCAAAGAUGUGACCGACGUCAACGACGCCUACAGCCGCCUGUCCAAGCACCGCUGCCGCAUGGUGGAACGCGGUAUCCAAGCUCAGUCUUUAUUUUCAAGUUUCUGCCGUCAUGAGUAUAAAGGGAUCUGAGGGAGCGCCACAAGAAUGGACCGAGGACGGGAACGCACAAGUCGCGCUAUUAUUUUGUAUAUUGUCAAUUCUCAUUUCAAAGCCAAUUUUUAUUUGUAUGUUUAAUGGAAGCCUUUUAAAAAGUCCUAAAUGCAUUAAUAAAUCAUUAUGAAAAGUA